AUGUCACAAAUAAUUCACACAUCUGAUAAAAAUAAGAAGCAUAAACGUGCCACUAUAAGUAAUGUAUUUUCAAGCACGCCAAUCAAACCGUUUGCAAUAAAGCCUGGCAGUAUAUCUUUAUCUGAGAUUGAUACAGGUUCUUCUUCAAGUGGAGGUAAAAUUACAAGAAAUUUAAGGUCACUGAUACGAGUUCUGGAAAAUAAGCACAAAAAAUAUUCGAAAGAAAAAAGGAGAUCAAACAUAAAAUGGAGAAUAAAAGACUCUGACAGCGAAUGGGAAGCCAAACCAAUAGAAUUCAUCAAUCAAUCUUUAAAUGAAAAACGAAAGAAAAACUUAAAAAACAAGAAAAAAACUGUCAAAAAAAAGCUAAUAGUAACUCAAAUAAAAAGCAAGGAUAAUGAAUGGGAAACCGAAUCGGAAAAAUCAAUUAAUGAAGACUCAAUAUGUUCUUCAUCUACCUUAAAGAACGAGCACAUAAAAUUAUUUGAAGAUCCGUGCAGUACACCGGAGAAAACUCGAGAUGCGUCGACAAUAUAUAAAGAAAUUUUGCCGGAAUCACCGAUUUUAGGGUCCUUUAGAAAAAGAUCAAAUUUAAUUUCAAAAAAGAAUGACAUAGUAUUAUCAGAUGAACUGCUUCCGGUGAAUUUGUUAUCAUCGGAAAUACGAAAUCCAGAGGAGCCAAUCGAAGGUGAAACAAUAUUCGAUUAUGAAGGCAAUGAAAAAGCACACGUUUCGUUACAGAAGCUAGAAAUAAACUCUAAACAAAUAUCUGAAAACAUUAGCUUUCCCGACUUACAAUUUGACACAAUAAACUUUUGUCGGGAUCAGCCUAUCAAAACAUAUUCCAGGAAUUCCAGGAAGACUUCCCCGCAUUUCACAUUAUCUUUUGAAUUAUCACCAAUCAAGCUUAUGAGUUGGCUUAAGCCAAAACUUCCUAAUGCUUCUAGGAAGACAGAAAGUACUUCGACUCCUCCAAAAAUAUGUGUUUCUCAAUAUCGGAAUAAAUAUGAUAAAAAAUGGAAAACUUACAGAGGCAAUUUUUCUGAAGAAGAACUUAAAAAUGACAAACGCGAGAUAAAGAUUAGCAAAAGAAACAUGAGAAACCAGAAGAGGAAGGUUACAGAAGCUUCCAAAAGAAUGAAAACCAAAAGAGCCUUUCAAUCCACAUUGAAACAAAAAUAUGAUAUAUAUGAUAUAUAUAAUGAAACAGACAUCGAAUUUGAAACUGGUGGUCGAGAUGGUAAACGAAUGUCUUUUCGUGAAUUUUGUCAAACAAAAGAUAAUCGAAAUCAUAAAAUGUCUCCCUCAGAUAAUAUUAAUAAAAUAUCUUCAUCAUCAGAUAGUCUUUUCUAG